GUCGAUGAACCAUGGAGCCUUUGGACAGACGGCCGUACUGGACGUCCUGAUGGCCAGUCCGCCCUGGGUCCAAAGUCUACACAACAGCCAGAUCUGAGGGUACUUCAGUGAGGCUUGGACAUUCUUGCAAACUGGAUAUGCAGUUUAUUCAGGUUUAACUCACUUCACAGCACAUCCUCCAGGCUGUUUUGUGCCUUUUUUCUCCGGUGUCGUCUUUGCAUUGUUGAUUUGGAACCAAGCCCACUGGACACCUGUCACAUUCUGCUGUCUCGGCAGACGGAGAAACCACCAAAACAAUGGCUAACGUCUUACCAGCGUGCCUCCUCCUUCUGCUUUCGGCCGACCUGGUCCGCUCCGCCGGUGUGUUCGAGCUGAAGGUCCACGCGUUCCACAGCGCGCGCGCCCUCUGCCAGCGCGCCGUCGACUGCCGCAUCUUCUUCCGCGUGUGCCUGAAACACUCCCAGGACGUGAUUCUGCCCGAGCCGCUGUGCACCAACGGCACCGGCCUGACUGAGCCCUUCAGCGCAGACCAAAUCUCCAGCAGCGAUCCCAUCAGAGUGCCCUUCAACUUCAAGUGGCCGGGAAACUUUUCCUUGAUAAUUGAAGUGUGGAGUGCCGAGUCCUCUUCCAAGCAGUUCACCGAAAUCCAGAACAAUCUCAUCACCCGCCUGGCCACCAAGCGCACGCUAGCCAUCAGGGAGGAAUCAGCCCAGGACGUUCACCAGGGAGAGCAGAGCGAGCUGCACUACUCCUAUCAUGUCGCCUGUGACGAGCACUACUACGGCGACAGCUGCUCAGACUACUGCCGUCCCCGGGAUGACAUCUUCGGCCACUUCACAUGCGACGCCACUGGCAGCAGGAUUUGCCUGGAGGGCUGGAAAGGAAAUUACUGCACAGAGCCCAUCUGCUUGUCUGGCUGCAGCGAAGAGCACGGUUACUGUAAGACCCCCGGUGGGUGCAAUUGCCGCCUCGGGUGGCAGGGCCCCCUCUGUGAUGAGUGCCAGCUCCACCCCGGCUGCAUGCAUGGCACCUGCAGUCAACCAUGGCAGUGCAACUGCAAGGAAGGCUGGGGUGGCCUCUUCUGCAACCACUAUCUGAACUGAACAUUCAGGGGCGGGAACGGGACAUUUUGAAAUGUUUCAAUACUACAACAAAUUCUUUAAUGAAUUCAUUUAAUUUUCCAACAAAGUUUGGUUUCCAAUAAUACAGGCCCUUUAAGAUCUUAAGAUUAAUAAAUGAAUAAUAAACCUAGGAUGUGACGGCUAAACAUCACAUUUUCUGAUAUCAUGAUUUAAAGUUGACCUGAAAUCAGAAUGGACUUUUCCCCCUUGUCAGUUCAUGUCCCCGGUCAUAAUCAAUCACAUAAUCAUCCUACCAAACCAUUUAAAAGACAAAAUUCUCAGUUACUGUGCAUUACAUUUCUGCAUUUUAUUCACUUUGUAUUUUGUGGCCCUAAAGAAAUAAAUGUAAUAUGUCUGUUUAAUGCUAAUCCAGGUGGAUUUAAUCCCAAAUUUUACAUUUCAUAAAUGUUUGUGUCGGCCCAUUAUUUACAUAUCGCUGCGGCCCUAGUUGAGAAUAUAUAGUGUCAUCAUCUAGAACCAGAGCCAGGUUUCCAUUCAGCUGUUCAAUUAAAUUAAAGAAAAUAACAAACUUCAUGUUAUGUCUGUUUACAGUCCAACAUCAUUUGACUGUUCUUUGAUAAAUUAAGGAAAAUUAAAUUCCUUCAUUUGUCAACUGGUA